GUCUUUCAGAAAAUGAGUACCUAAUUGAACUGGGAGUAGUAUUUCCGGGAAACAGGCUGAAACCUAAAGGAAUAAGGUAUAUGUUAAAAAUAGUUGCAAGCCUUAAAGAAUAGGCUAGGGUAAUCAUGAAUGAAGAUCUAAAGGAGUAAGUCUUAGGUUGAAAAUGCUAGAAAAUGUAAGCUGUUGGCAUGCGACCCCUGUCUCUCUGCAAAGGAAGAGUAAUCCGAGUCAUAACUGGAUUCCGAUUAUAGUUUUUUGCAUCUUAGUAGUUAAUACCCUCUAACUUUUCAGUGCUCCGAAAUACUCUAGUGCAAUGUAUCUCACUUUUGAUGCAGUCAAUACCCUUCAGCUUUCACAACUCUAAAACGUUUUAGGUGCCAAAGUACUUGGUUCUGAUGGCAUUUGAUAAAUAGGGAUAGUAGUUGUCAUCCAUGGAGUUAUGUUAAACAGAUGGGACAACCAAGCACUUCACACUUCUUACUUUUUCUGAGUGAGUCAUUUAAGGAGUGUGACUAAUCAUCCUACCAUCCAGUUGUCAACAAAAGAGUAUUUUUUCCUUAACUACCCACAAAAUCAAAGAGAUUUCCAGAUUUUCUGUGGAUAACUGAAAACUAAAGAACCUAUCUUUUGAACAACACUUUAAAUUUAGAUUGAGGGGGACUACAUGUGAUGGUCUUCUUAUCUAAAGAAUAUAUAUGGCAUUUUUUUUCUGUUCAGCCAUACAGCGAUGUACCGAUGUACCUGGGAAGUCGGUUAACUUAGAAUGGUCAUUGUCGGGCAAACAGCCACAUACUGUUUUAAGGCAUUUGUCUAAAUAACAAUCUCACGUGAAACUGAAUUAAUUUUAUCAAUCCUCUUUCUUCCCCCCUCCCCCGCUGCACCUGUGUCAAGUUUUAAGUCAUCUGGGACAGAGGCACUUCAGUGUUCAGUGCAGUCUGGAUUGGGGAUUUUCAUGGACGUCUUGGCAUUAUCGUUAUGGAUCGCUCCCGGCACCGUGCAGGAGGAAAUGGCAACGAGCAGGCGCCUUCACGAGAGCGCAGCCAUGGCGGAGGUGAGAGACAGCGGCAGCUGGAGCGCCUCAGCCGGGAGGAGGCCUAUUACCAGUUCAUUAACGAGCUUAACGAGGAGGACUACAGGCUAAUGAGGGACAGAAACCUGCUUGGCACUCCAGGAGAAAUAACAGCCGAAGAGUUGCAGCAACGUUUGGAGGGGGCUAAGGAGCGUCUGACGUCACAGUCUGAUCUGGAUAAUGGAGAAGGUGAAGGUAGAACUGUUGGAGAUUCUGAAGUUCCCGGGGAAAACUCCAACGGUGACUCUUUGCUUGAAUGGCUUAACACAUUUCGUCGCACAGGAAAUGCCACUCGCAGUGGACAGAGUGGGAACCAAACCUGGAGAGCUGUGAGUCGAACGAAUCCAAACAGUGGAGAGUUUCGCUUUAGUCUUGAAAUCAAUAUAAAUCACGAUCAUAACAGUUUUGAAGCCUCUGGUGAGGAGUAUGUUGAUAUAGAUGCUACCAGACUGUACGUAGAAAGAAGACGUCAGCUAGUUGCCAGUUCAAUAGCCCCACGGACAAGGAGCAUGGCUGCAAGAGAGGCAAACAACGAAGCUGCAAGGACCAGGCUUCUAAGACGUGCCAUGGCAUUAAGGUCAGAAAUAGUCUCUCAUGCAGUCUCGGGGAGGCUCAGGAGUAGAACGAGGGAGCUGACAGGCCAGACAAAUAAUAGUACUCGAAAUAAUUCUGUGGCUGCUGGUGAACCAAGAGAAAUGCCACAAAGAGGUACUUCUGCAGGAGUCAGAAGGGGCAGAGCUAGAAGUAAUGUCCGGCUGAAUACAAACCAAAGACUAGAAAUAUUGCGGCUGAGGUCUACCUUAAGUAGUCGAAGCCGCUCCCCACUGCAAAGGGAAGGUGAUGCUGCUCGUUCUGAGGAGCGUGGUCAGAGGCAGGAUAGAAAUGCACAGCCAGUCAACAGAAGUAGGAGACACACUGCUCAGGCUUCUCCACAGCCUACUGAGCAAGCAAGAGGUAACACUCGGGCUCCUCAGCUGUCCAGUGUAGCCCCAUCCUCCUUGGAGGAGGAAGAAUCUAGUAGGCCAGUAGCUGCUGUCAGAAGGCACCCAACAAUUACACUAGAUCUUCAGGUGAGAAGAAUUCGUCCUGGAGAAAACAGAGACCGGGACAGCAUUGCCAGUAGAACUCGUUCUAGAGUAGGAAUGUCAGAAAACACUGUUACCUUUGAAAGUGACAGUGGGGGAUUUCGGCGCACGAUAUCUCGAUCAGAACGCGCGGGUAUUCGGACCUACAUUAGCACCAUACGGAUACCUCUUCGUCGGAUUUCAGAAACGGGGCUCGGGGAACCUUCAUCAGUGGCUCUCCGAUCAAUCCUUAGACAGAUAAUGACAGGCUUUGGAGAACUGAGUUCUUUAAUGGAAACUGAAUCUAAUUCAGAAGUGCAAAGAGGCGGUCAUCGCUUAGGUGGUGCACAGAAUAACUCAAGUCCAGCAAACAGCAGUGAUCCAUUGUCUAGAAAUGGACAUGCAGUAGAUGGCAGCAGGGAAAGAAAUGGACAGAGGGGUGGUAGUCAACGCUCUGGGCGCAGUCACGAGAACCAAGACAGCAGGCAGUCUCAAGAUGCAAACAACCUAGUGGAGAAUGGAACGCUGCCCAUCCUUCGACUUGCCCACUUCUUCCUGCUCAAUGAGGAUGAUGAUGAUGAUCGUUUAAGAGGUUUAACCAAAGAGCAGAUUGACAAUCUUUCUACACGGAACUAUGGGGAUGUUCACACUGAAAAUGAAUGGAGUAAAACUUGCAGUGUUUGCAUUAAUGAAUAUGCAACAGGGAACAAACUAAGGCAGUUACCUUGUACACAUGAGUUUCAUAUUCAUUGUAUUGAUCGCUGGCUAUCUGAGAACUCCACUUGCCCGAUUUGUCGGCAGCCAGUUCUGGGGUCUAAUGCCACAGAUAAUGGCUAGAAUUGUUUGUACUGCUCAGCACUCAAGGAUUUGCUCCUGCUCUGUUAUGAGCCAGAUGAAAUUCAUUGACUUAGAUAUGGGUCCAUUUGUGGAAGGAGGUUUGUUAAUUGUCUUUAAAAACUAUAGAAAUUUGUCUAAAUCUAACUGUAAAUACUAUUUUUUCCAAGUGCAGGUCUAGGAGCACACAUAGAACCAAAUGAUAUUGGUAAAGUUUCUAUUUUUUUAGAUAAUUUUGUUAUGCUAAGCACUUUUGUAAAUACAGAAAUGCAAUAGUUAAUCAGUCCUGCUUAAUGUAUGUUUUUUAACAUUGUAAUGGACUCGCUUUAUUUAGAUUACGAAUUGUUUCACACAGACCCACCACUGUGUUGAAAAUUUAGUGGCUAACUAGCCAUUUGUUAGCUUUUUGUUCUAAGAACAAUUUCUUUUACAGAGAGUCUCUUGCUGGACAUGUUUGCUAAAGAUAUUUAAGUUACUUGAAGUGCUCAUUUUAAUAUACUUUUAACAUUGAAAUAUCCUUUCCAAAAACUUGCCAAUUUGGUUCUAUUUUAAAAAUUCUAUCACAGUUUUUGCAUGUGGGUUUACACAGUUCUUAACAUUGACGAGUUCUUAUUCAGAAGUGGAUGAGUUAGUGGCAUUAUGAAAUGUACAUAAUUAAAUGCUGUCUUUGACAAUCUUUGUCUUUUCAGUGCAGACAGCAAUCAAAUCUGAUAAUUCCAAGAGGGUAUGUCUUACUUGCUCAAAGAAUGAAUGAGUGCUAAGGAAGUAUUUUUACUCUUCCAAAUUACUCAAUCAAUAUUCUCCUGGGGUUUUAACUGCCUUAGUUUAAAGAGGGGAAACAUUUCCUUGACCAUUAUAUUGUCUAUAAUAUGCAUGUUUUGGGCAUCCUACUCAUAAAAACAAAGCAAAUACUUAAAGUGCUUUUGUACAGAAGUAUAAGGUACACAUGUAAUGUUAGUCCUCCUGAAACAUGCUUGAGGACCAAGUGGCAAAGGCACUAAAAAGGACAAAAUAAGCUUCCCUGAAAAUCCGACUAUCUGUAUAAUUAGAUACUAAACUUUAUACCAAUGACUUACACCAAAAUAAAGUUGCAAGUUAAAUAAUUGAGGCUUUGUGUGAAUUAUUGUUGAGCCAUAGCCUGUAGUUUAAUAAGAAAGCUUAAUAUUCUUAAUGUUCAGUCUCAGUUUUCACUUUAUAUUUCCCCGCUUUUCCCCAGCUCUGUUCCUGGCCUGUUAGUUGUUACGGUACAUAAAAGCCCAGCACAAAGUGCUCCAGGGGUAUCUGGGAGAGGCUGGCUGUUAAAAAGCUUGUCUUUUGAGCAGCCUGCAUCUCAAUCCCUAGAGAAAUGCAGAAUUGUGCAGUAAUCUGCUGUGUGUACAUUCUGAGCAGUAGAAAGAGUACUUGCAGUGAACAAGUCCUACUGACUUUCUCUGCCUGCAGAUAGUGGCCUUGACAAAUGUGCUUCUGUGCCAGGUGCGUCACUUAGAACAUCUGCUCAUGACAUCCUUCAAGAGUAGCUAUAAAAUCCCAUGUGAGCUGUUGGAUGUCUGCUUCAGUUCUGCAAGUGGAAAACUUAUGUCAUAAAUUCCACAGGAGGGCUUCUUUUCAUUCCUGGAAGUAGUUCUAAGAAACUCUGUUAUGAGAUUUAGAUGAUUUAAGGAUAUGAUUAAGAUCUCUUCUGAUGUAAUUGGUGCUGUUAAUUACUGCAAAUGUUGUUGACCCUUCCCUUGAGUGCUUCCUUAACUGCAAUAAAGAGUGAGGAGAUUUAAAUGUGA